AUGAAUGUCAAGCGCACGCACUUAACUGGAGAGCUUCCACACGUGCUGCCAGAGAUGCCGGCUCACAUUAAAUUUCCUAUUGACUAUCCCUAUUCACCACCUACCUUCAGAUUCCUGACCAAAAUGUGGCAUCCCAACAUUUAUGAGAACGGAGAUGUAUGUAUUUCAAUUCUUCACCCACCUGUAGAUGACCCACAAAGUGGAGAGCUGCCAUCUGAGAGGUGGAACCCUACCCAAAAUGUCAGGACUAUCUUACUGAGUGUAAUCUCUUUGCUUAAUGAGCCCAACACGUUCUCUCCUGCCAAUGUGGAUGCAUCAGUCAUGUUCAGGAAAUGGAGGGACAGUAAAGGAAAAGACAAGGAGUAUGCUGAAAUCAUUAGGAAACAGGUUUUGGCUACUAAAGCCGAGGCAGAGAAGGAUGGCGUGAAGGUCCCCACUACGCUGGCAGAGUACUGCAUCAAAACUAAAGUGCCUUCCAAUGACAACAGUUCAGAUUUGCUUUACGACGACUUGUAUGAUGACGACAUUGACGACGAAGAUGAGGAGGAGGAAGAUGCCGACUGUUACGAUGAUGAUGAUUCUGGCAAUGAGGAGUCGUGACCUGCUCCCUCUAUGCCCCUGUACUGCCCUGCCGACUCAGGCCAGAAGGGAGCAGCGGUAACCUAGCAGCAGUCCAGCAAAAAAGUGUGGGGGGGGGAUCAACAAACUUUUGUCUCCUGCUGUCUCCUGUUGUAUGGAUCUGUUUGCUCCUUUUUUAUGGACCUCUUAGAGACCCUCCACAGAAUGUCUGAAUUCUUGCAUUCUUAACCCUUUCAUCACUGUAUUAUGAUUUCUUUUUAAAAAAGAAACUCCCCUUUUCACUUCUCUACGAAACGCUCACAGCGAAACAGGUUUGCUCGCGUUUAGAUUUUUGAAUUAAAUACAGUCUUGCAUUGAGAUGUUUAAUGUAUUUAAAGCUGGAACAAACCCAUUGGAAGCUGGGUUUUUGGGAGCUCAAGCGCUGCAUUUACUGGGAAGAAAAAAAUCCACACAAAGCAAAUUGCCAAGGUUUAGCUGCUCCAUUUACAAUAAUAGCGUGUGUACAUUCGUUUAGCCUUGUGGUGGUGGCUUUUCCUUUUUAAGGUGUGGGGCGGAGAGUGUAAAGCUACUGUGUGUUGAGCUUGAUGGGAUGUUACUGAAAGGUACAGUAUUCCUUUUCAGCCUGCUCAAGUUAGGAAAUAGCUGGCCCCUGGAGCCUCAGAGGGCACAAUCAGCUUUGUCUCUGGAAAAGGCUUGUGAUAUGAACCCUAAAAUAAACACUUAACACUUCACAUCUGUACAACUGAGCCCUGGGUUGCUAUUUAUUUGAUCUUAUUUUUUUCAGACUAGGUUGGGGUUGGAUAAAGUACUGUUCAGUUUUGCAGUGCUGCUGAGAUGUGCUGCCAGCUGCCCCUCUGGAGGGAGGAGACAGACGUGCUUCCUGGCUGCCAAGAGGGCCUCCCCAGAGGUGACAGCAGGCUGUUUUGGCCAGCGUUCAUCCUGACCUUGUCUUUGGAAUUGGGAGAGACGGAUAGAUGCUCUAGUCUCCUGCUCCAAUGCUUGCUAGCAGGCCUUGCUUCCUGCAGCUCAACUCCAGUGCCCACCUGAGCCUUUUCUGCUGUGCACGUAGGUCGUGAGGUGGCAAACAGCCUUGCUCUAGCUGCGCUGCCUGUGGGCUCUGGGAGGAAGGCAGGAGUCAAAGCUGCCUGUGACAGGUGCCUACCCCAGAGCUGGGGACACCAGGCUGCUCUCCCUGCUGCAGGCGCUGUGGUCAGUCUGUGGCAUGGGGCAGAGGUGUGUGCUGCGCUCUCCUGCUGCGCACUGGCUGGGUGCUGGGCAAGGAGGUCCCGCAACCCUACAGGUAAAAGGGAUGUGAAAAUCUAAGGCUGGAGGAGGCCAGGGGUAGGGUUUGACAGGGUAUUUAGCAGUGCGCUUCAGCCAGCGCAUGGAGCUUGGCCUCCUGCAUGUUCCUGGGAGCUCCUAGCAAAUCUUUCUUACAGUCCCCCUUCCCCCUUGAGGAAGGGGGUUCCUGCAUGCUCUUUUCUGCAGAACCUGAUUACUCAGUCCCUCAGCACCCUAAACCCUUUGCAAUGUGCUCAUUUGGCUGUGGUGCAGUGGCCUGAAUUCACCUUUAGGAUGAUACCUUGAUCAGCAGCCAGUCUUGCCUUAGCGUGCCGAGCCCUGGCACUUCUAGGAUCUCUUAGUUAGAGGAAUGAGUCGGAUCCUAGGUGCUUGUCCCUGCCUGGGUGAGCCCCUCCACUCCCAGAGGUACAGAAGAAGUUACCCUGGUAAGAGCUACUGGCUCAAGCGUUUGGCUCUGCCUCCCUUCUUAUCUCAGGGUUUUCAAUGGUACGUCACCAGCUGUGGUCUCCAAAGCAGUGCUUUGGUGGGAGCGAACUUUGUGUGAUGGGGGGGUCUCCUGGCCACUCUCAGUGCAGCGGUUCUGCCUGUUGGCCCACAAAACAGGCAGAAGUGUCUGUGGGGCCAUGAGUUGGCUGUGAGUAUGCAAGCUCUUGGCUCUGCUCCCUGCCUUGAGGGAGAGGAGGGGACAGCAGACCCUUGGCUGGGGGGAGGGGAGGGGUUGGCAGUGCUUUUUGUAGUGUUUAGAGCCAUUUGCUGAAGUGAGCAAGGCAGAUGUGCUAGCAGUGUUACUGGGGCUGGGGCUUGCUGUAUUGGCAACAGGUGCCAGGUGAAAGGUUCGGGCUGCCUCCCAGGUGGGCCCUGCUCCUUCUCGCCCCAGGGCGUUCCUGUAAAAUAUGUCCUGCUGUACCAUGUGGAAUAAAAGCAGCCGAAGUGCUGGUGUCUUGUCCCUUAGCGCUCCCUGAGAUGGUCUGCCCUCCUGCUUGCAUGUUACCUUUGGAGGUAGCGGGACCUCUCCUGAACUGGCUGGCAUGGGUGGCUUUCACAAGGCCCAUGUGGCUUUGCUUGCCCUCCUCAUCCUUCCAGGAGGGAGUGACUUGGUCUCUAAAGCACCUUUUUUGGUGCCAGCAGCUGGGGCUCAAGUGUAGCUAGUUACCUGUGUGGGGACAGUGUGAGCCCUGCCAGGCUAGCUGCUCCAAUCCAGCCCCGCACGGGGAGUGCCAGCUUCAGCAAGCAGGACUGUGUGGGACAUGAUCAGACAGCAAGACCUAGGCCUAGCCCUGGGACUCCUUGCUGCAGGACUGGUCUUAAGAUAGUAAUGCCUGCCUCCUCUUGGGCAGCUUGCGUCUUGCAGGGAACCCAACCUACAUUUUUUUUUUUUGUGGGGGGGGGGGAAGCGAAUAAGCAGAGUAUUGCAACACUGACUGUGCUGUUGACUUGGCUUGAAACGAGGAUACUGCAUCUUUCAGGAUUUCCCUUGUACUUUUGACCGUCUUCACUGUAUACUCUCCAGUGACUUGUAUUUUCAAGCUUGGUGUUGUAAGAUGCAUUAUCAUGACUCUUCUGUCCCCCCCCCCUUUUUUAAG